UUUCUUGGCACUGCCACUAAUGGCUACCGAGGAAAACCAUAACAAAACUUCAAGAUUCCCUUCAAAUCUUACUCCAUCACCACAAAAAAACAAACCCAUUUCACCAAAUCAAGAUGCAUUGGCUCUAUCAUUUCCUAGAAAUGAAGAACCAGAACCAGUACCAUUAGAAGUAUUUUACCCGUGUGAGGACGACAAAAACAAUAACCUAUUAAAGAGAAGAUCUUCUAGAUUUACUACUAACAAGUUCAGUACUAGUGCUACUACUACUACAGACAAAAAAAACAUGAAAAACAAUUUUGAAAAAUGUAAGGGCAAAAGUGUAAAUUCAAGGAAAUCAGAGGGUAUAAAAGAAGCGGAAUUGUCGAGGAAAAGGAAGUAUAAGAAUGAAGAAAAAUUAGAGUUGUUGGCAUUGGAGGAAAGCAGCGCGUCGGGUACACGCGCCACUAGUAAAAGAAGCGGCACGAAGAGGGAAUUGCUGGCUUUGCUGACGCCGAACAGCGGCGCGUUGAACACACGCGCCUUAAGGGGGAGUGGUUCAGUAAAUGUAGGUCACAAUUCAUUAGAGUUGUUGGCAUUGACGGAGAGCGAGUCGGUUACACGCGCCGCUGGUAAGAAGAGCUGUACGAAGAGAGGAAUGCCGGAGCCAAAGGAAAGCGCGUCGGGUACACGCGCCGACAGUGAGAAGGAAAUGGGUGAAACCCCAAAAUCGCAAUCCAACUGUAAUGGAGCUAAACUGGAGUUGUUGGCAUCGCCGGAAAGCGCGUCGGUUCCACGCGCCGCCAGUAAAAAGUACGGCACGAAGAGGGAACUGAUGGCUUUGCUGACACCAGAGAGCAGCGCGUGGAAGAAACGCGCUUCCAGGGGAAGUGAUUCAGUAAAUGUCGGUGGUCACGAUUCCCGAGGAUCUUGGAGAAAAGAUUCAGUUUUAACUGAAUCUCCUGAAACAUCGGAAGUGAAGACUUUGAGAUCAAGAAAAAUACAAGUGAGUGUUAAUAAUAAUGGUGAUGAGAAUAAUAAAGGGUCAGAUAUGAAAAGGAAAAAAUCAUCAGGAAAAAAUGGGAGUGUUAAUAAUUCAUCAGAUUCAGCAGAGAAAAGUGUGAAGAAACAGAAGAGUAAUGUAUGUUUUAUUGGGGAGCCAAUACCUGGUGAGGAAGCUCAAGAAAAGUGGCAAUGGCGUUACGACUUGAAGAAUAAAAAGACGCAGCGUCAAGGCUGGAAAUUAAAUGCUGGUGAAGAAGAUGAAAUCGUAUUAAAUGUGGAAUGCCAUUAUGCUCAAGCUAAGGUUGCUGGUUUCAUAUUCAAUAUUGGGGAUUGUGCAUAUGUAAAGGGUGAAGGCAAGAAAAGACAUAUUGGCAGGAUCUUGGAGUUUUUCAAGACAACAGAGGGGGACGAUUAUUUUAGAGUACAAUGGUUCUUCAGAGCUGAAGAUACGGUGUUGAAAGGUGCUGCUUCUUUCCAUGACCCAAAGCGCAUAUUCUAUUCUACUUUAGAGAAUGAUAAUUUACUAGACUGCAUAGUUUCCAAAGUCAAUGUGGUAGAAUUACCAACCAGGCAUGGUUUGGAUAGAAAGGAUGUUCCACCUGCUCACUUUUAUUACGACAUGGAAUACUGUGUUGACUAUUCCACAUUCCGUACAUUGCAUAAUGUCAAGAGCUCCGUUUCCCCUUUGCUAGUUGAUGACGCUUCAUAUAAGCCUAUCACUACAUAUCCUCUGGAGGUAUUGCCAACUUGUGAACCUAUGAAAGUGGAGUUGUCAUUAUUGGAUCUAUAUGCUGGUUGUGGUGGCAUGUCUAUGGGGUUGUGCCUUGGUACCAAACUCUCUGGUCUCAAUCUUGUGACGAAAUGGGCAGUUGAUUUUAAUAGGUCUGCCUGUGAUAGCUUGAAACUGAAUCAUCCUCAGACACAUGUUAGGAAUGAAGGUGUUGAGGAUUUUCUGGAGCUAAUGAAAAGAUGGGAGAAGCUAAUUCAGUCAUACGGCUGUAGUGAUUUCAAAACAAGCUCAAACUGUGAGCUAGAUGAGCGAGAUGAAGGUGAAAACAAAGAUAACUCCCAAGCUGGUUCUAAAGCCCCUUCUGGAGAAUAUGAGGUAUUAAGAUUAGUUGACAUAUGUUACGGGGAUCCCAACAACAAAGGAAAAUCUGGACUUCAUUUUAAGGUGCGGUGGAAAGGUUAUAGUCCAAGUGAUGAUACUUGGGAGCCAAUUGAGAACUUGGAAAAUUGCGGAGACAGCAUAAAAGAUUUUGUUAGAAGGGGACAACAAUUGAAAAUUCUGCCUCUACCAGGUGAUGUUGAUAUGAUAUGUGGGGGUCCUCCUUGUCAGGGCAUCAGUGGAUAUAAUCGCCACAGAAAUGUUGAUGACCCAUUGUCUGAUGAGAAAAAUCGUCAAAUUAUUAUCUUUAUGGAUGUUGUGGAAUUUUUACGGCCUAAGUAUGUGUUGAUGGAAAAUGUUUCUGACAUAUUGAGGUUCGAUAAAGCAUCUCUUGGAAGAUAUGCUUUAAGUCGUUUGGUACAUAUGAAAUACCAAGCAAGACUUGGAACUAUGGCAGCUGGUUGUUAUGGUCUCCCACAAUUUCGGUUGCGAGUUUUCUUUUGGGGUGCACUUCCUAGUGAGAGGUUGCCCCCAUUUCCACUUCCUUCGCAUGACGUGAUUGUUAAAUAUUGGCCCUCACCUGAAUUUGAGCGGAAUACUGUUGCUUAUGAAGAAGGACAACCACGUGACCUUGAGGAAGCUCUUGUUCUUCGUGAUGCUAUAUCUGAUAUGCCAGCUGUCACAUGGCAUGAAACUCGUGAAGAAAUGCCAUAUGAGAUGCCCCCACAAACAGAGUUUCAGAAAUACAUAAGACUAUCUAAACGUGAGAUAAUGAGUUGUUCAUCAAGUGGAGUCACGGAAACCAAAAAACCUGUUUUGUCUGAUCAUCGGCCUUGCCAAUUAAACGAGGAUGAUUACUUGCGAGUUUGUCUAGUCCCACAUAGAAAGGGAGCGAAUUUCAGAGACCUCCCUGGAGUAAUUGUGGGAGCGGAUAAUGUGGCUCAUCGUGAUACAAAUGAGCCAAAAGUCUUACCAAAUGGAAAGCCCAUGGUUCCUGAUUGUGCCUUCAAUUUUGAGCAUGGAAAGUCUAAAAGGCCAUUUGGGAGAUUAUGGUGGGAUGAAACAGUAGCAACAUUAGUCACGUUUCCUAAUCAUCGUGCACAGGCUAUCUUACACCCAGAGCAGGAUCGAGUUCUGACCAUACGAGAAUAUGCAAGAUUGCAAGGUUUUCCAGAUUUCUAUAGGUUUACUGGUACUCUCAAGGAAAGGUAUUGCCAAGUCGGGAAUGCCGUAGCAGUUCCUGUUGGGCGAGCGCUUGGGUAUGCACUUGGACUUGCCUAUCAGAGGCUAGCUGGAAAUGAGCCUCUUAUUAAAUUGCCAUCAAAUUUCUCAUUCUUAACGCCUCCGAUUGAUGACAUUGUUGUCUUGCAAAAUUGAACGCAUAUUCAUCAAUUUUUUUCUCCAUUGGCGAUUUCGGAGCUACUAUUGUUCAUUAGCCAGAUUAUUCCAUUUUCUUGUAUGAA